AUGGUGAUGGCUUGCAAGAUCCUAAAUAAAAGAAGGCACAUGGGACUUCAACAGCUUUCGUCACUGGCAGAAAUAGGAAGAACUUUCCUCGGCCCAGUGAAAGCAUCCAAAUUUGUUACAGACGAAGAGUCUCAUGAAAGUGCGCUAGUCACUUCACCCGUAAGACUUCUUGAAAGUUUAAAUUUAACUAGUGCCGUGGGACAACUUCUAAAUGAAGCACUUCGAGCACAACAUAACACUUACAGAACUGGAACCAAUACCCUUCUGUUUUUUAUUGGUGCAUGGAGCAGUGCUGCUGAAGAAUGUCUUCAUCUGGGUGUUCCCAUUUCAGUAAUUGUGUCUGUAAUGUCAGAAGGGUUGAACUCUUGUAGUGAAAAGGUAGUUUCCCUUCAAGUACCUCUCCACAAUCUGUUUUGUGAAAGCCCAGAUAAGGUUUCUGGACUUGGAACGUUCAGUGUCAACAUGAGCCCUCUUCUCCACAUGCCAUCAGAUACUAAUUUGAUACAGAAAGAGCAUGAUCUCCAAGGUACCUUGCAAUCAAUGAGCACUCCCAUUGUCACUGGAAGACUGGAACCACAUAAACCCUUCAGACCUCAGGCUAAGACUGACACAGAUAAAAUUAUCACUUUGCAAACUCUGAUAAACAAUCAGCUUGCAAACACCAGCUGCAGAAAAUCAAUACUAACUCACAGUAGGCAUUUUAAUAGCCUCAAUAAUUAUCAACCAAUAAGCAAAGCAGAUGAAUUUGUGGAACAACCUGGUUUAUCUGUACCCAGAACUUACAGUUGUGAUGAUUUGGGAAAGCUGGCAGUGGGCUUGAGUCAUGGAGAUCACAACAGCAUGAAAUUAGUAGAAGAAGCUGUAUGGCUACAGUAUCAAAAUACACGUGCACAACAAGGUGACUACACGAUGCCAUUUAUGUUUGAUGUGUCGAGAAUCUUCACUUGCUGUUUGCCAGGUUUACCUGAAACUUUGAGUUGUGUCUGUCCAGGAUAUGUCACUCUUGUAUCAGUAUUGAGUGCUGCCCUGAUCAAGGAGUUGCAGGAUCAGCCUAUCCGGGUAGUUCUGAUUCAAAGCGAUCUUACAGAGAAUUACCACCACCCAGGAUUUAAUAAAUCUACGAAUAUUAAAACAGUGUUUGAAAGUGUGAUGGUUAACCAAGACAGCCCAGAAGAACUGUGGGCAAAUCACAUAUUACAGAUCUUAAUCCAGUACAAUGUGCACCUUGUACUGGCACAAGGAAAUAUAUCUAAACUUUUAAUUGAAAAAUGCAUGUAUAGUAAACGAUUGGUAAUUGGGUCAGUGAGUGGCAGUGUGAUGCAGGCGUUUGCAGAGGCUACAGGAGCAAUACAGUUGACCUACGUUACACAGGUAGAUGAAGAUUGUGUUGGCAGUGGGGUCUAUGUGACCAUCUGGAAAAGUGUACCCUGGAAUGUUGUAGAUAAGAAAGACGGAAUAGCAGUCUUGUUACAAACAGAAGGCAUUAAUUUGGUUACAGCAGUGCUUGCUGGCCCCGUCAUUGCACAGAUGCAAACCAAAGAGGAUCAGUUCUGGACUUGUGCCUACCGUCUGUAUUAUGCCCUUAAAGAGCAAAAGGUCUUUCUUGGAGGUGGAGCAGUUGAAUUUUUAUGUCUUAGCCAUCUUCAAAUUAUUGAGGAGCAAUCUCUGAAAGAAGGGAGCCAAGCCUGCUCCAGUUGGCUUCAUAAUAGUUGCUCUUGGCUGGCCUCAUCUCUAGCACUAUACAGGCCAACUGUGCUUAAAUGCCUGGCAAAUGGAUGGCACAAAUACCUCUCAACUCUCAUAUAUAACACUGCCAGUUACUCAUCAGAAGUUGAAGCCAGCACAUUUGUUCAACAUCAUCUACAAAAAGCUAUAGACUCAGGCUCUCCUUUAUCUUACAUCUUAAGUGAAUACAGUAAAUUGAAUUGUGGGAUUUUUAAGCCAGAUGUUUCCAAUAAAUUGGAUCAUAUUCCAGAGGUUUAUGAUGCCAUUACACCAAAGAUUGAGGCAUGGCGCCGAGCAUUGGAUUUGGUACUGUUAGUGCUUCAGACAGACUGUGAAAUUGUUACUGGACACAGACACACACAGCUAAAUUCACAGGACUCAGAGGGUUUUUUAUUUUUGUAG